AUGGUGAUCAAGAAGGGCCCAAAGCCAAUUCCAGGAUUGACAAAUCAAGAUGGCACUGAAAAACCAUUUGACCCUGAAUCAUUUGACAUCACUAAGGAACAACAAGAGGUAAUUCAAACUAACGCUAGAGCUAUAAGUUUGGUAUAUUGUGCAGUGAGUGGAGCAGAAUAUGACAAGAUAUCAAUAUGUGAAACUGCAAAAAAAAUGUGGGAUAAACUAGAAGUGACUUAUGAAGGAACAACUAAAGUAAAAGAAGCUCUAAUCAAUUCUUUUGUAAAUGAAUAUGAGUUGUUUAAAAUGGCCGAAGAUGAAAACGUUGAAUCAAAGUUUUCGAGAUUCAGUAAAAUUGUAUACGAACUCAAAUCACUUGGAAUGGUGUAUUCAAAUGCACUACAGGUCAAGAAACUUGUUAGGAGUCUUCCCAAGGCUUGGGAAACUAAAGCUGCCAUUCUUGAAGAUGGAGAUUUGCAGAAAAUGACAUACGAUUAA